AUGCUGCUGGCGUGCGUGUUUGCCUUCGUGCUUCUCGGGCGUAACAUGUCCCGCCAGGUGGUGCGAGUUCAGCCACUGCCAGUUCUGGCAGACGAGGACGAUACCCCGGAGGAAGUGUUCGAGGAGACAGAGGACACGCCCCAGCAAGACUUAAGCAGCAGCAUCAGCAGCGGCGAAUCUAUGGUCCAGCUAGAGCAGCAUAACCAGCAAGAGGAGCAGCAGGCUGAAGCUCAGAGACAAGCGGAGGAGCAGAUGAGAGCGGAAGAAGAGGCACGUGCGAAGCAAGAGGAGGAAGCGGCACAGGUGCUCAAAGAGAAAAACUGGCGAGAGGAGCGGGACAAGCGCGUGCGGGAGGAGAGGAAGCGACUGGAGGACGCCAAGAAGUUGGCCAAGGCCAGCAAGCUGAGCGCAGGAGAGCAGCGCAAGCUGGCCUGGCAGUCUUCGCUACAGCAGGGCGCCGUCCAGUGGUCCGACAUGUCCGCCACGCAGAAGAAGAUGGCCACCUACAACCAGGCCAAGGCCGACGCCGAGCGAGAGAAGGAGGACCAGCGCCGGCGCACGGACGACAUACGGAUCGCGGCAGAGGCAGAGCAGAAGAGGAAAGAGGAGGUGGCCGGCCUCGUACGCCAACGCAAGGAGAAGCACCUCCUGGCUCGGCUGAAGAAGAACGAGCAAUGA